AUGACCAAUGUCACCGGCCCGCGACCACAAGGACAUCCCCAGGCGCGAUUGGGUGUUGCUGGACCCCUGGCGUGCAUGUGGCUUCCGGAUCAAGCAGACCUUUACACCGCUUAUAACGUGGAUCGGAAGUGGUCCUUGGAUAUAAUUGACUACCAGGGUCGCACGGGUACCGGUCUAUCCAACGAGCGUGUCAAACAGGAAUAUGGCAAUGAGGAAGCCAUUGAGAAAAUGCUCAUCAAGGCGUAUGUCACUGACAUCAAAUCUGAAGACGCAGACAUUGUCAUCCGAGUACCUGGACAGCCGGAGAUCAACAUGGAUGGGCAACUCGCAUCGUCCGCGUCCGCGCCAAGUACUGCACUCGUUCCUUCUCCUGAAUACCCAGGGCUAGGUGCAGGGCGCACGACUACACAGUCCCCUAGCGAGCAGGCGCGCAAGCGUGGCAUUCACAUCAACAUGGCUGGCAAGCAAGGUUCCAGAGGUGUCAAUGCCACGUUAUAA